AUGAAGUACUUAAAGGUAUUUUUAUUUUUUGUUUUGUGUUUCUUCAAUGUAUCUGAAACGAUCAGAUACGAUGAAACUGACAAUUUAAGUCUUAUAGUAAAUUAUCUGAUCAAUACAAAUGAAAAUUGGAUGUCUGUUAUUAUUCCUCGUCGCAAAAUAUUAAUCAACCAUGAAUUUCAAACGAUAGAGAUGUAUUUAACAAAGUUACCUAAACAGUUGAAAUCCAGCACUUCAUCGUCACAAAAAAAAUAUUUCGUUUCUAAACCAGAUGUAUUACAAACUUUGAAUUUUAUGUACACAGCUCUAAAAUGUGAGUAUGCAUAUUUGAUUCGUGAUAUCUUAAAAUUUUUAUAUCAUGAACCUAAAAAAACAUUUAAAAGUCUUAAAGGUAUACAAAUAUAUUUAGGCAAAGUAAUUUUCAAUUUAUUUAAAUUUAAAGAGUUAUCUUCAGAUCUAAAAUCUAGUGACCAAACAUUAACAAUAUCGUUAUUGAGUAUCCAUGUGUUCCUGUAUAAGAACGGCAUUAAUCCUAAAAAAUAUGCGAAAACUUUAAUAACAAAAUGGAUUCAUCAAAUGAUUUCUUUAAUAGAGAUAUUCAUCUGUAAAAUGUGUUUCUUCGAAUUUGCGGAAUUAGAUAUUAUGUCAACGCAAAAGCAAAAUCUAAACAGUCAUCCUCUGGAUGAAUGUUUAUCACGGUUGAAAAAUUUUAGUGAUAUAGGUUUAUACGACGAUAAAUAUAUUGACCCUGAUAUGUACAAUCCGUAUAAUUUUUUGAUGCACGACUACACAAACGAUAUUGGAUUGUACGAUUUAAUGAUUGAAUGUCCAUCGGUUCCAAAAAAAACAAUGCACAUUUUCGAAUCAUUAAUAACAAGUUAUGGCAUAAAAAAUGUGUUAAUUUAUCAAAUAUUUUUAAUUGAAUCAUUAAGGAGCCUAUUUUCUCAACAAAUUAUGGAUGUACUACAAAAUAUUACUUAUGAUUCUAAUGAGAAAUUGUCCAAACUUGAUCAGUUAUACGAUGGAUUUAAUAAAUACAUGGAUUUAAUACCCGAUAAUUAUCCACCAGAAUUUUUAAAUUUCAUACAUGAUAUUAAAAAUGCUUUGACUGAUUCCCUUCAAUCAGAUAAGGAUAACUUUGAAUCAUUGCAUCAUAUACUAAAUAAUAUAUUAAGCACAACAUCAAUUAUUCACUUGGAAACAAAAAAAAUCAAUAGUAUGACUAUUAUAUCAAUUACUGAUUUGAUUAAAAAUAUCAAAGUAAGUCCAUAUUUUUCAUCGUUCAAACAAACGUUUGAAAUUUUAUUACAAGAGCCAAAUAUGUUAAAAGAUUACUAUUUACUUGACGAAAUUAACUAUGAUAAAAUAACAAAAUCUUCAAAUGAGACAAGUGAUGUGUGUUUGCUAGUGCCUCAAAUACGGAUUGGAUUUAUUUGGAUCUGGGUGAUGCUAGAUAGAAUGCCAGAUGAUGAAUUAAAAAAACCUUUAGAUUCAUAUAUAUUAACUAUAUUUAAAAACGUUACUUAUCUAUAUGAAUUUAAAAAUACCAAGUCAAUGGUUAAAAAGUCGUUGUUAAAUUUAUUAAAUCAUGUCAAAAAUUCAACAUCUCAAUCACUUGCAAAUAUCAAUUCUAUAGAAUUCGUUAUAUUAAAACAGUUAAUAUUGAGCACAGUUAUUACAAUGGAUUAUCAAGAACUAAACAAUUGUGAAGUAACUGAAGAAAAUAAAACACUUUAUGCAGAAUUAACUUGCUUACAUAAGUUCCCUUUUACCUAUAUUCAGGAAGAAAUAGAUUUGGCAAUACAGAGGAUUUGUAAAAUGACAGGUCACCGCUACGAUGGUACUUCCGAAGUACAAAAAGGACACACGUAUAUCGAUACAAUAAAAUCUCUAGAUGAGAAAGAAUCGAAUAAAACUCACUUUUAUUGGUAUGUUUAUAAAAAACAAGUUUUAAAUAUUUGUCAAGAUUUAUACCAAGAUUUUAAAACACCGGACAAUCAUCAGAUAAAUUAUAGGUUUCAAUUGACUGUUUUGGAAUGGUACUUAUAUAAAGCAUACACACAAGUAUUGUGCAUGUUCAGAAUUAAAAACAAACUACCAUCAAAUGAACAAAUUGUUUUUAUAAAAGAAGUUUUUGAAAAACUCCUGGAAAGUCUUACAUUUUCAACAUAUUUAAUAAGAGUUGUACUACAUUUCAUUAACAUUUACGUUAAUUACUUUGAAAAUAAAACAAUAGAUGAAGAAAGUAUCAAAAACUUUACUGAUAUAGCAAAUGAACAUGCAGACAAGCUGCCUUAUCCUCAUGUUUCAAUCAAAAAAUUUCAACAAAUACACCAUUUUUACUAUUCAUUCAAUUCAACUAUUGAAUUCAUAUAUCAUUAUUUUAUAGAUACUAACAAUGUUAAAUUCAUUGUUGAUGAAAAUAAUCUCACUGUGUCCAUGUUUUGGGACAAAUUAAAUAUGAAAUGUUAA